UUUCUCCUUCCUUUUCCGCUUCCGUCGCGGCCGCCAAAUCCUCCUUCAGCUCCACCGGGUCUCGGCCCGCUGCUCCCCCGCCGUGCCCCGCCGGGCCGCGGCUGCCCGGGGAUAGCGGGAGGAUCCUCGAGGAGGCCGCGCCGGGGAGGACAAGAUGGAGGUAAAAGAUGCAAAUGCUGCAUUGCUGAGUAACUUUGAGGUGUACCAGUUACUCACUGAUCUCAAGCAGCAGCGUAAGGAGAGUGGCAAAACCAAGCAGAGCUCUGGGCAGCAGAACCUGAACACAAUCAUGUAUGAGACACUGAAGUACAUCUCAAAAACGCCCUGCAGGUACCAGAGCCCUGAGACUGUCAGGGAGUUCCUGGCAGCAAUGAAAGACCACAAAUUAACCAAGGCAGAGAAGCUGCAGCUGCUCAACCACAGGCCUGUGAGUGCAGUGGAGAUCCAGCUGAUGGUGGAGGAAAGCGAGGAGAGGCUGACAGAGGAGCAGAUCGAGUCCCUGCUGCAGACAGUCACCAACAUCCUGCCAGGGGACCCUGAGGAGCAGCACAGGGACUCAGCAAUGGCAGCAGAGCACAGAGGUGACCAGGCAUAGCAGGCAGCACCUCCAGAAGAGAACCAGCUGCUGUUACUCUGGGCUUGACACCAGUUCAAUCCUGUAUUAUAACUAUAAAAUAGAUUCAGAUUUUUGUGAUUUGGAGGUGAUGAGGGAGCCAAUUGUUCACAAGGAAGCAGGGAAAAGGACACCAUUGUUUGGGGGUUUUGUCAUGAGCGGGGGUGGCAGUGCCAGGGUUUGCAGUGGAGCAGCCUCAGCAGUGCUGGGGCUCUGCAUCUUUGGGGAUUUUUCCUUUCCCCACAGAAUCAGCACAGCAGAGCUGCAAUGAGAAUUUUCCUUUCAGCUUUGCAGUUCCCCAAGUGGCUUCCAGAGCAGUGCAAAGCCAAUUUUGGGGCUGUUUGCACAGCAGGAGCUCCCAAAUCUGGGCAUCCUGGAAUUGAGAGGAUCUGUGCGAGGGCAACUCAAGGGUGUCUGAGAGUCCCUUCUAAAUAAAAAAGAUCCAGAUUCAGCAAACUGCACUGAAACCUGGGAGCUGGGGGGGUUGGAGCUGUGAAAUCAAAGCUGGGAGUGCCCAACCAGCAGAAUAUUGGGGUGUCUGUGCCUCUGAGCAUUUAUUGCAAUAUUCACACACACACAAGGCGCUCCUGAGAUGGAGGAAUAAAUGAGGCAACACUGAGCUCUUCAUCUGGUCUGGGAAAAUGAGAGUCAGGCCUGGAUGAAGCAGAAUUUCCUGAGCUUUUUUGUGUGAUGAAGGAUUUCAGGAUCAAGUAUUUCAUGUUGAAAGCCUUUGUGAUUAUAAUAAAUCAUCUGUGUGUGAAUAUCCACACAAAGUCA